GCGAGUGUGUACAUGCUCUAUAUAUCACAGAACAAACAAAAGUAUGCAGUGACACAGAGAGGGGUAAGGCGUAACCGGAUCCAGACUACCACGGGCACAGAGAGCGAGGCAGAGAAGCAGAACUCCGGAACAGCAACUGUCUGUCUCUAUCCGUAUCUACGCCUGCCCGAGAGACAACUGACAACCGACAACCUGGAUGGGCAAUCGACAACAAAGUCUCAACCCAGGUGAAGGCAAGGCCAGUCCAACAAUGACCAAAAACCUGCUCAAAAACCCUUGUGGAGAAGGGAACAUGGAGUCCUGGGAGGUGACAGAGAAUGGCGGUGACAGCUGGCAUGUGGAGGACAUGCCAGGGGCCUCUGGCCACGCCUUUCACGAUGCGGCCGUGACAAAAUACUUCGCCACCUCCUAUGCGUUGUGUCUGAAGAAGCAGGUGGUGGACCUCCUGGCUGAGGGCUUCCCGGCAGAUUAUCUGGAUGCACAGCCACCUGUCACUGUGGAGGACUGGUACUGUGGCCGUUCAGAUAGCGGCUUUCUUUACGAGCUGACCGUCUCUCUCUUGGAUGACAAUGAAAAGAUCCUCCAGAGAUUUAGACCCGAUGAAGUGGCCGUGGACGCCGAAAAAGAUGACUGCUCCUGGACAAAGGUGACGCACAAAUUCUCAGGUUACGGACCAGGUCUUCGCUUCAUCUCCUUUGAGCACGGGGGCCAGGACACCAAGGGAUGGGUGGGCUGGUUUGGCGUGAGAGUGACAGGAAGCUCUGUCAAAGUGCAGGCCUGAGGGGGGUGGAGCCAGAGAUCCAGCACUGCAUGAGCUGUCACUAAAGCCACACGUCACACUGCACCUGUAACACAUGAUGUCAUAAAGGACGUGUAGCCUAUGUUUUGUUCUAACCAAUCUGCAGCGUUGGAACAAGAUGGGAAUGGUAUCCCCACACGUGCCGUGUUAAGGGUGGCAGUGUGCGGCAGGGGUUUGGGAAAAAUUCAUUGUAAUCAGGUGAUGUUAGGUUUCAGUCCCAAUUGUGGGUGCUGCUAUGUAGCUUUUAGCACGGUAUGCAUUUAUGAAUUACUUCAGUAGAUACAGUACUGUGCAAAAGUCUUAGGCACCUGUAUAACAUUCUGUACAGAUAAGAUUCUUUCAAAAAUAAUUCAAUGAAAGGUCCUAAAUAAACAUACAAUACAUUUUACAUUACAUUUGAGUAAUUUGCCAGAAUAGUUCAAAACUGAAUCAAAUCAAUAUUUUUCUGCAUCUCUGAGAUAUAGAACUGGAGGACAGCAUUGGCUAAAACAAUCAACAGGGAAGUUGUUCCAAGCAUGUUGGAGAACUUGCCACGGAUCUUCUGCAGACUUUGGUUGGCUCCUUGCUUCUGAUCUCAGACAGCCUUGAUCAAGUUUUUAUGUAAAUGUAGUCAAUUACUUACAGUAAUAUGGUAAAUUAAAUACAAAAAUGUCUCUAAAAUUUUAUAUUUUGGAAAAUGAAUAUUUGGAAAUCUCAAAUGUGUUCUUUUAUACUAACACA